UAAUCUGAGGUCGCCAUUACUAAGCGAGAUGAAUAACGAAGAGAACAUUCCUUUGUACAAAAUCGUUUUGGCUGGUGAUCUUGGAGUGGGAAAAACCUCUAUAUUUCGCAGAUAUGAUGUCAACAAGUUCUCAGAGUACAGGGAGUCGACAUUUGGGCUGGACAAACUGAACAAGGACAUUGAAGUCGAUGGGAAACGAUUGAAGAUCAAUGUGUGGGACACUGCAGGAAUGGAGCGGACAAGAUCGCUCACAUCAAACUACUACCACAAUUCUCAAGCUGUAAUCCUUGUCUAUGCCAUUGAUGACAUGUAUUCUCUUACAAUGCUACGAAAUUGGAUCAUAGACAUUAACAAGGAUGCAGGGGAAGCUUUAAAAUUUCUGGUUGGGAACAAAAUUGAUCUGACCGAAGAAGGUACUCAAGUCGAUAAACAGUUGGCUGACCAAUUUUGUAAUAACAAUGGAAUAACAAAAUUGUAUGAAGUGUCUGCAAAGACUGGCAAAGGAGUGAGGGAGAUGUUUGAUGACAUUGCAAAGUUGUUGCUUGCCAACAAAGAGUCCACUAAAAGGGAUGAAAAGUCCUUUAUUCUCAUAAAGGGGGAAGCAAACAAAGAAGUGAAGAAGGAAAGUGGGUGUUCAUGUUGACAGGGUGUUAUGCCUAAAGUCAAACAUUUAAGUUAUUAUUGUUAAAUAAAUAUAUACUUUCAUCAAAAGAGUUUAUUUUCAAAAUUUAUGAUUAUGAUAUAUGUGUGCCAUUAGAAGAAAAUUUUUUUUCAUAUCUUUAUCAGAUUCCAACCCCAAACUCAUAUUAUAAGAAAAUAAUAUUCCCUUGGGUUGUGUUGUGCUUGUCUUUGGUUGAAAGUUUAGCAGCAAUACAUAGCAUGCUUUUCUUUCUAGCUAAUAUUUGAACAGAUGGAGAGAUUUUAAUUUGUUUUUGAUCUGGUCAUAUGAGGACAAAGAGGACAAAGGGGAAAUUCUGAGUCCCCAUGGGGGAUUGAACCCCAGAAUCUUAAACCUCAAACUUGAACCUCAAACCAUGAACCUUCUUUACAGAGCUCAAAAUUUAGCAUCUUUCUUAUUCUAUUUACAAACAUGACACUAUCAAAAUUGCUGAUCCUAGCAAUAUGCAUACAUGACACUUUGCGAUGGCAUUGCUCACCAUAGAGUUCUUGUUGCUUAGUGAUAGAGCAUCGCAGUGCAGAAUGCAGUGGUGUGGGGUUUAAAUCUUCCUGGGGACACAGAAUUUUCCUUUGUUCCAUGCUCAUGACAAGAUGAAAAACAUCUUUCUCUAUUUCUUUACCAAGCUCAAAAUUAACCAGCUCUCUUAUUCUAUUUACAAAUAAGGAGAGUUUUGUUUCUAGUACUCUUAGACUAGUAACUUCUUCAUUGCAUGUAGAACUACCUAGCCUUUUGUAUGCUUUAAUAAAAAUUACGUACAGCAAAUGUAUGUAUUUAUAUUAUAUGUAUUUAUUAUCCAACUACACUCUGUAGAGUACAAAUAAAGCCCAAGAUGAGUACAAAUAUCACAGGGUGUUUGUACUCCAGAGAACUGGUUAGGCUGGUUUUCUGGCAUCGCACAAACGAAUUGGAUUGAAGUUACAAUAAAAAACGGCAGACGAUUUAAAUAAUUUUUCUGACAACAAAGAGUCAGAAUGGCUGGCAAAUAUUGAUCCAAGUUCAUUAGAUAAAUUGAAUGAAGAAAGGCAGUUAGACAAUGAUGAAAUUUCAUCAUUUAUUGAAGAAAAUAGAAACAGCCACAUGACAAUGCUCUAAUUCCAUUCUGCUUCGCAUACUUCUGUUGUACAGUCUCCACGUAAAUAAAUAUCAGCGAAAUUUGCCCACACUGAAAUAACAAUUUGACAUGUUGGAUAAUAAAUAACUUAUUAGAUGUUUAGGUGCAUCAUAUCGCCGACUAUUUUUAUUCAUUAUUUGUAUUUUGACUUGCCCUAUGGGCUCAUCAAAAUAUGGCACAACUCAAAAAAAUACUCAGCAAUACUACACAAAAAACGUUUAAUAAGAUAUAUAUAUAUAUAUUGUGGACAGUCUUAUAUUGAUUUAACUUGCUCUAGUUUCUGGGUACAUACAUCUUUGUAUUAAGUACCUGUGGUGGUUAUCUCUAACUACAAAUUAUCAACCCAAGUGGAAGUUUUUUAACAUUUUAAAUUUGUUUACAAGGUAUAAAUGAAAAUUUCAUUUCUCAAAAUAGUAGCAUAGUUGUUAGUAGAAAAGCUGGUAGAUUUGUAGGGUUUUCAAAAUUUUUUUUUUUUCCACUGUGUCUGUCUGUUGAUGGUGGAGAUGGCUGUGACUACUAAGAUGCCACACAAAUCUUAGAAAUAAUUUAUAGUCUUAACAAAAAACAAUAAGAUACCUUAUAAAGACAUCAAAGUGGUGACCACCUUUGACUAAAACAUGUGAGUUUUCCAUAAUAUUAGUUACGAGUAAAAGUAUAAGAUACAGAGGGACACAAAGUAAUAAAUAAAAAUUAAGAAUUAUUAAAGUAGGUGAAAAUUUUUAUUAUAGUGAGCUGUUAUUCAAAUGAAAAUGAGCCUGUAGACUGAUAUAUAUUCAUUAAAAUUUGUUUGAAAAUAUG